AUGGACGUCCCGAGCGCUCGACGCGAGGAAACCGAUACAAACUCCGCGCAAAAUUUGCAGUUAGAGAACUCCGCCGACGCGGAGGAGGCGGAGGUUCCGGCCUCCCUCCGCUCGUUCGAAAGCGAACGGCGCGAGGGUGCGGUUGGAGCUGAUGAACCCGAAAAUCACGAAAUCUUAGUUCGAAGAUCCGAGAGCCGCGCGAGUUCUGAGGGCAGAGUGGUCAAGGAAGAGGGCACCGCGCAGGAAAGGCCUGCGGCGGCUGGCCGCGUAUCCGGACGGGCUCUGGUGCGGCAACUCAUAGGUGCAGUCCUCGCCAUCCCUUUAGUGCGCAGAAUCCGCUCGAGGGCCCAGCCCCCCGAAGCCCCGCAGGCCGCGACCGCCAGGGCUGGCGCAGACGAGGCGGACGCAGCGUCGGCGCCAUCCAAGGGAGGGAAACAAGAUUAA